AUGGCAGCCUCACUGCAAGCAGCAGCCACACAUAUGCAACCAACCAAGCUUGGUGGUGUUGCAUCAAGAGGCAAUGUACAGCUGAGAUCUGUGCAAAGCAUUAGCAGGGCUUUUGGUGUUGAACCUACUUCUUCAAGAUUAACUUGCUCUCUUCAAGCUGAUCUUAAGGAUUUGGCUCAGAAAUGCAGUGAUGCUGCUAAAGUUGCUGGCUUUGCUCUUGCCACUUCUGCCCUCCUUGCCUCGGGAGCAAAUGCUGAAGGAGUUCCUAAAAGGCUUACUUACGACGAAAUCCAGAGUAAGACAUACCUUGAAGUAAAAGGAACCGGAACUGCCAACCAGUGCCCAACCAUCGAAGGUGGUGUGGAUGGCUUUGCAUUCAAGGCUGGCAAAUACCAAGCCAAGAAAUUCUGCUUGGAGCCAACUUCCUUCACUGUUAAAGCUGAAGGACCUAGCAAGAACGCACCUCCAGAGUUCCAAAAGACCAAGCUUAUGACCCGUUUAACCUACACCCUUGACGAGAUCGAGGGACCAUUUGAAGUAAACUCUGAUGGCAGUGUUAAAUUUGAAGAGAAAGACGGAAUUGACUAUGCUGCUGUUACAGUUCAGCUUCCUGGAGGCGAGCGUGUACCUUUCCUCUUCACAAUCAAGCAAUUAGUUGCUUCAGGCUCACCAUCCAACUUCAGCGGUGAAUUCCUCGUGCCAUCAUACAGGGGUUCAUCAUUCCUUGACCCAAAGGGCAGGGGUGGAUCAACCGGAUACGACAAUGCAGUUGCAUUGCCUGCUGGUGGCAGGGGAGAUGAGGAGGAGCUGCAGAAGGAGAACAUUAAGAAUGCUGCAUCUUCAACUGGAAAAAUCACAUUGAGUGUGACCCAGAGCAAACCUGAAACUGGAGAAGUGAUUGGAGUCUUUGAGAGUAUUCAGCCAUCCGACACUGAUUUGGGAGCAAAGACUCCGAAGGAUGUUAAAAUCCAAGGUGUCUGGUAUGCUCAACUAGACUCAUAG